AAAUCUAUCCAUUCUUCACAUAAAUUUGUAUAUCAACUCCAGCGAUCUAUCUCUAUAUCUUUAUACCAUAUCCAAUCAAAAUAUAUACAAACAUACAUAUAUGUACAUACACACUCAAACCGAUCAGACACAUACAUAUAUUUUAGCUGAAUCAAUUAAUAUCCCAAGGAGGUUAAAGAAUUCGAUUAGUUUUUUUUUUUAAUAACGAUUUGCUUGAAGCCGAAAAAAUGCAGGAUAAAUGAAAUGCAGAAGCGACUCAUGAUGAUGGUUUAAAGCCGAACAAAAUCCCUAGAAAAGGCAGAAAACAUGGCAGAUAAACAAAUAGCAGCAGCAGAAGCAACGCCUGAUGAUAAUUUCCCCAGAAAAGCAGAUAAACAAGCAGCUGCAGCACCGACUGAUAUUGAUUUUCCAUAUAAACCAACCUUCAUAGAAUGGUUGCAAAAAACAAGAGAUAAGUAUAAGUGGGAUCCUGAAUUAUUAAAAGUGUCAGCGGAUGAUUUCAAACGACUUCCGUAUGAACAAAGACGGAAAUGGAUAAUAGCACAUUUCCUAUUAAGAGAAUUUAACAAUGCAUUCAAAGAAGAAUAUUAUCAUGAAAUGGAUGAAGAUGAAAAAGAUUUGUUUAAUUAAAGUUCUAAUCAUCAAGUUGAUGUGAUGGGUGAUGCCUAACCAAAAGAACUUGUUUCUGGUAUUUUACUUAUAUCAUUAUGAUAAUUAAGUGCCAUGGAUGUUUUUAGCUCUUUUCUUUCCUAUUUAGCUAGUGGUAUUUGAUGAAUCUUCAAAAAAAAUUAUGAUUUGGUGGUAUUUGAUCAAUGUUUAAUGUAAAAUCGUUUUGUGAUGUC